AAGGGCUGAGCAAUGGACGACGGUGGCCGGGUGCUGACAGUUCCCCUCCUGGUGCUCCUGCUGGUCAGCCUCGCUGGCUCGAGCCCUCCGCCGGCGCCGGUGGUCUGUGCCCACGGCACGUCCGAUUGCACUGUCUCCAACGCGUACGGCUCCUUCCCGGACCGCACCGUCUGCCACGCCGCCAACGCCACCUUCCCGCGCACCGAGAAGGAGCUAGUUGCGGCCGUGGCAGCAGUGGCGGCGGCCAAGCGCAAGGUGAAGGUGGCCACCAAGCACUCCCACAGCUUCCCCAAACUGGCCUGCCCCGGCGGCCGCGAUGGCACGAUCAUAAGCACGGAGCGCCUCAACCGGGUGGUAAGCGUGGACGCCGUCAAGGGGCUUAUGACGGUGGAAAGCGGCAUGGUGCUCCGCGACCUGAUCCAGGCGGCUGCCGAGGCAGGGCUCGCGCUGCCGCACUCGCCGUACUGGUCAGGGCUCACCAUCGGAGGCCUGCUGGCCACGGGCGCGCACGGCAGUUCGCUCAAGGGUAAGGGUGGCGCCGUUCACGAGUACGUGGUUGGGAUGAGGAUCGUCACGCCGGCGCCGGCGAGCCAAGGGUUCGCGGUGGUACGGGAGCUCUGCGCCGACCAUCCUGACCUCAACGCGGCCAAGGUCUCCCUCGGCGUCCUUGGCGUCGUUUCCCAGGUUACACUGGCCUUACAACCGAUGUUCAAGCGGUCGGUGACGUUCGUGACGCGUGACGACUUGGACAUUGCAGAGCAGGCAUCCAAGUGGAGCGACCUGCAUGAGUUCGGUGAUAUGGCAUGGUUGCCACAGCAGGGCAAGGUUAUUUACCGCGAGGACGACCGCAUGUCCAUCGAGUUGAUGGGCGACGGCCUCAAUGACUACCUAGCCUUCCGCUCCACCCCAACGGCAGUGCUCAUCAACGCCAGAGUCGCCAUGGAGCCUCUUGAGAAGAACAUCAAUGCCAUUGCUCGGUGCAAGGCCGCUGAGGCGACAAUAUCAUUGUUUGAGAUGGCAGCAUACGGCUACUCCAACAAUGGCAGCUUGUUCACUGGGUACCCUGUGGUGGGGUUUCAACACCAGAUCCAAGCUUCUAGCGGAUGCAUCGGCAGCUCAAAAGAUGCGCUCCUCACCUCAUGCGCAUGGGACCCGCGCAUCGAGGGAACCUUCUUCUACAGCAAUGGCUACAGCAUUGCGCUCUCUAGGGUGUCGGCAUUCAUCGCCGACAUGCAGCAACUCCGUGACCGCAGCCCGCUGGCCUUCUGCGGAAUCGAUGCUAGUGUGGGUAUGCUCCUCCGCUACGUCAAAGCAUCCUCCGCCUACCUCGGCAAGCCAGAGGACUCGAUCGACUUUGAUAUAGCCUACUAUCGGAGUUACACCAAGGGUGAGCCCAACCCACACUCUGAUGUAUUCGACGAGCUCGAGCAGAUGGCACUGCACAAGUAUGACGCCAUCCCACACUGGGGCAAGAACCGCAACUUUGCCUUUGAGGGCGCCAUUGCCAUGUACCCCAAGGCAGGUGAGUUCCUGGAGGUGAAGGGCAGGUACGACCCCGACGGGAUCUUCUCCAGCAAGUGGAGUGACCAGGUGCUCGGCAUCAAUGGGAGCCCGGUCAUUGUCGAGAGGCGUUGCGCCAUCGAGGGGCUUUGCAUCUGCUCAGAAGACUCGCACUGUGCACCGGAGGAGGGCUACUACUGCCGCCCGGGGAAGGUGUACACGGAGGCGAGGGUCUGCUCGUUCGAACCCAUCUCGCACUGUGCACUGGAGGAGGGCUACUACUGCCACCCGGGGAGGUGUACACGGAGGCGAGGGUAUGCUCCUUCGAACCGGCCAUCUGAUGAAUUGUUUUUCUUUAGAUGGCAGCUUUGAAAUUAUUUCUACAACGUGCCCUUGGAUAAUAUCGUGAACAUGAAUAAUGCUUUUGCCUUCCAGGUCCUAUCCUAUGCGAAGGUUGUUACUUCACUUGUU